AUGUCGGCCGUCCAGGAUAUCAAAGCAAUAGGAAUUGUUAAAAGCCUGAAAGACUGGCCAGAAGUCCAGCAAUUUACUUACAAGCCCCACAAAGGCAGACCUCAAGAUGUGGACAUCAAGAUUCUUGCCUGUGGUAUAUGUGGAUCUGAUCUUCACGCCAGUAAGGGCAAGUGGGGCGACUUGCCACUUCCAAUGGCCUUUGGUCAUGAGAUUAUCGGCGUGAUCGUCGCUAUUGGCGAAGGUGUUGAUAGCUCCAAGUAUAAAAUUGGUGACAGAGUAGGUGUGGGUCCAGAGUGCGACAGCUGUGGAAAAUGUUGGAGAUGUGAGCACGACCAUGAAAACUGCUGCAGAGAUAUAAAGAAUUUGUACCUGGGCUCUUAUGAGGACGGUACCCCGGUCCAAGGGGGGUAUGCUUCUCACAUCAGAGUAAACAGCAAAUUUGUGAUCCACAUUCCAGAAAAGUUGGAAACUGAGUACGCCGCCCCUCUGAUGUGUGGCGGUAUUACUGGUUUCCGUCCACUCAUUUCCUAUGGAGUGAAGAAAGGCACAAGAGUUGGUAUUUACGGAUUGGGGGGCAUCGGUCACAUGACCCUUAUGUUUGCCAAAGCUUUGGGGGCAGAGGUGACUGUGAUUUCGAGAGGAACCAGCAAGAAGGAGCUGGCUAAGAGGCUUGGGGCCGACCACUACAUCGCCACUAGCGAAGAAGGAUUUGAGGCCAAGAACUACGACACUCUGGACCUGAUUGUCAGCACUGGUUCUGACUUCGAACCUGAGUCUCUGGCCAAAGUGAUCUCAAUGCUCAGACCAGACGGCCGGCUCACGUUCAUCACUCUGCCUCCUAACGGUGUCAAGCUUGAGCUGAUUCCAGUAUUUUACCUUACGAACUGUGUCCAUAUUGGUGGUUCUGCUAUUGGCUCGCCCAAGGAGAUUGAGUACAUGCUCCAGGUAGCUGCUGACCACGACAUCAAGCCUAUGAUUGAAACUUUUGACAUCUCUGAGGACAAUGUGAAAAAGGCCUGGAUGAAGGUAGACAGUGGUGACAUCAGGUUCAGGGCUGUUCUGACCGGCUACGACAAGUUCUUCAAAUAA